GUUCCACACAAGGAGCAUCGCCCAGCUUCUCUGAAAAUACAGCAGACCAAUAUGGCAGGCAGUGGAGUGUGGGGUACACCAUGGGGAGGUGAGGGUGGAAUCGGUGUAAAUACGUGGGAAUUCAUAAUACCUGAUGGUGCAAGACUUACCAAGAUAGACUUAAGCAGUGGAGAUGCUCUAGAUUUCAUCCGCUUCACUUACAAGGAUCAGUAUGGCACUCAUAUUUCUGAAAAAUUCGGUGGCGAUGGUGGCUCGUCUCAUUCGAUCACAUUCGCUGACAAUGAGUUCCUCAUCGGGAUUAGUGGACGUGUCGGAUCAUUUGAUGGCUCUACUGUGAUUACGUCAAUUAGUUUCGAGACCAACAUCAGCACUUAUGGGCAAUACGGCACAAACCCAGGGACUGAUUUUUCGUUCGGGGUCACACGCGGUAAGAUUUCGGGAUUCUAUGGAAAGUACGGGAGUUACGUAGACUCUUUGGGUGUCAUUCUUCACCCGUACGUAGCAUGA